AUGGUCGGAAGAUCUGUCGUUAUUCUUUCUUCACUCGCUCUAUCCCUUUCUGGUGUGCGUGCCGCAAUCACCAAGCGUGUUAACUGUCCGGAUGGCAAAAACACGGCGUCGAACGCAGCAUGUUGUGCUUGGUUCCCUAUUUUGGAGGAUAUCCAGCAGAACCUCUUUGAUGGUGGAGAGUGCGGCGAGGAGGUUCACGAAUCCCUUCGCCUGACGUUCCACGACGCUAUCGGUUUCUCACCAAGUGCUGGUGGAGGAGGUGCUGAUGGUUCGAUCAUCACUUUCGCCGACACAGAGACGAAGUUCCAUGCGAAUGGUGGCAUCGACGAUAUUGUUGGCACGCAGGCGCCAUUUGUUCAGAAGCACAACGUGACGCCUGGCGAUUUCAUUCAGUUCGCUGGUGCUGUCGGCGUUAGCAACUGCCCUGGCGCUCCCCGUAUACAGUUCUUUGCCGGUCGUCCAGCGCCUACCGCCGCUUCUCCAGAUCAACUCAUUCCUGAACCUUUCGACUCCGUUGACAAGAUCCUUGCAAGAUUUGCGGACGCCGGGUUCAGCACGAACGAGGUUGUCGCACUCCUUGCUUCUCACUCUAUUGCCGCAGCCGACCAUGUCGAUGAGACAAUUCCGGGAUCUCCGUUCGACUCUACCCCAGGUGUCUUCGACAGCCAGUUCUUCAUUGAGACACAGCUUAAAGGCACACUCUUCCCCGGUACUAGUGGAAACCAGGGCGAGGUCGAGUCACCGCUCCUAGGUGAAAUCCGUCUUCAGUCCGACGCUGAUCUUGCACGCGACUCUCGUACUGCAUGCGAGUGGCAGAGCUUUGUCCUCGACCAGGACAAGAUGCGUUCGGCGUUCGCAGCUGCUAUGUUGAAGCUCUCUACUGUUGGCCACAACUUGAACGAUCUCGUUGACUGCUCAGAGGUCAUUCCUGAUGUCAAGCCGAACAAUGCUGCUCCUUACUUCCCUGGUACCCUGACCACCGCUGAUGUCGACCAGGCAUGUGACGCUACACCUUUCCCUUCCCUGGCCUCGAACCCUGCGGUUACUUCCGUAGCGCCUGUGUAA